AUGGAACUCCCCUCCAACUCCCGUGUUGCUGUACGCGAUACCGUUCUCCCUACGGGCGGUGGCCCAGAUGGAGGUUCGCCGGUGUUGGUACCAAAAGGCAUGAUGGUUCACCUUUCAGUGUAUGCCCUUCACCACCGAAAGGACCUCUGGGGUGAGGAUGCGGAUGAGUUCCGUCCAGAACGAUGGUCCUAUGAAAAACAAACUUGGAAAUAUAUCCCAUUCCUCGGAGGUCCCCGCAACUGUGUAGGCAGCAAUGUGAGUAUAGAUCCUGCUUCUUACGAAUCAAUCAAUCAAAGCCAGGCUGCCAUUGCCAAGAGCCUUUCCAAAGGCGAUGUUAUCUACGGAGUGAAUACUGGAUUUGGAGGCUCUGCGGAUAUCCGCGCAAACGACGUCUUAGCACUCCAGCGCGUCUUAACCCGCGAGCUGAGCUAUGGCGUCUUACCCCCGGGUGCGCGUGAUCCUCGCCCUCCGUCCGACCGCCAGAAGUCCGCAUAUCAGGCGUUUGACCUGAGUCUCGAACAUGCAGCCGAGUCUCAGCACCUGCCCCUUCCCUGGGUGCGCGCUGCGGUCUUACUGCGUCUGAACUCGCUGGUCAAAGGCCAUUCGGGCGUGAGGCCUGUUAUCGUGGACCGUCUACGGGAUCUUCUAGUGAAGAAUAUUAUCCCUAUGGUUCCCAUGCGUGGGAGUAUCUCAGCCUCUGGGGAUUUGAGUCCUAUCGCUUAUAUCAGCGGCGUACUUCAGGGAAAGCCCACAAUUCGGGUUUUCCGUCCAGGCAUUGGACGAGAUGUAUAUGCUGACGAGGCUCUUGCGGAAGCGGGUGUAGCGCCGAUAUCCUUGACGGCAAAAGAGGGUCUGGCUAUUGUCAAUGGGACGGCAAUGUCGGCGGCUUGCGCCACCCUCGUGCUGCACGACACACAUCAGCUGGCCAUGUUAAGUCAGAUCCUGACAGCAAUGACAGUGGAAGCACUACUGGGCUCACCGGAGAGUUUCGACCCCUUCUUCGCCGAGGUGCGUCCGCAUCCAGGACAGAUCGAGAGCUCACGAAACAUCCGUGUGUUCCUGCGUGGGUCUCGCCUCGCACUACAGAAGGACGGCAAGGACGGUUCGCUCCGCCAGGAUCGAUAUUCAAUCCGCACCGCGGCGCAAUGGAUUGGCCCCGUGCUCGAAGACUUGCUAUUAGCACACCAGCAAAUCAGCAUCGAGUGCAACUCAGCCACAGAUAACCCCCUAGUUAACGGCGACGGACAGUUCCUGCAUGGAGGUAAUUUCCAGGCCAAGGCCGUCACUUCUUCCAUGGAGAAGAGUCGCCAGGCCAUCCAAGCGAUCGGUCGCAUGCUUUUCACACAGUGCCAGGAGAUGAUCAAUCCCGCGACCAGCUGGGGUCUGCCGCCGAACUUGGUUGCGGAUGAACCCAGUCAAUCGGGUAUCUUCAAGGCCAUUGACAUUUACAUCUCGGCCUUGACCUCCGAGUUGGGGUUCCUAGCGGGUCCCGUUAAUCAUGUGUACAAUGCUGAGUUGGGUAACCAGUCAUUGAACUCACUGGCUCUGAUCUCUGGUCGAUACACUGCGACAGCCGUGAGGGUGCUUACGGAGCUUGUGGCGGCGCAUCUCCUCUCCGCAUGUCAGGCACUAGAUCUUCGUGCCAUGCAGUUACAAUUUUUAGACGGAGUCAAGACCGAGUUCUUCGCUCGGGUUGUCUCAAUGGUGGAAAAGCAGAGCCCAAACACCACAGACGCCAGCAAGAACCUCCCAGCCACACUAUGGGCCCAUCUCCAGAAAGGACUAGAACAGACCGUCUCAAUGGACAGUAUAGACCGGUUCCCUCACAUAGUCAAGACCAUGCGCGUGCCCAUCUUGGAUUGUUUGCCCUUUCAAAAUGUCGUUCUUCAAGAAAUGCAGUCGUUCAUUGACCAGCUCGGUCCCUGGCUCCACGAAGCUUGGUGUACCAACCGGGAGGCCUAUUUGGUUCAUGGCGAUGCUAGCCCCGUGUUGGGAGACGGGUCUAAGAAGAUGUAUCACUUCGUUCGGAAGACUCUUGGGGUGCCGAUGUUGUGUACAAAGAGGAUAUUGACGCCCACUGCGGAGGCCAUGGCUGCUGGGCAGGUGGAGGAGGCACCUACGGUGGGCGGAUACACAAGUCUUAUCUAUCGGGCAAUUCAACGAGGUGAAUUUUUGCCGGUUAUUCAGGAGCUGCUGGAGGAGUGUUUAGCGAAGGAAGAGCUGGAGCGAUAG